UGAGAGAUGCAUAAACGGGACGGUCGGAGGAGCCGCCGCCGCCGCGCUGCUUAGCACAGCUCUUCUGCAGAAAGCGGAGCCACGGACGGAGUCAUGAUGGUGUCCUCCGUCGUGCUUUUCGUCUUCGCCGUGGCUUCCGCGGUCGCGGAGAAAAAACUGGUGUUUGUGACAGUGCUGUUUCGACACGGUGACCGAUCGCCUGUCAAAGCCUAUCCCACUGACCCCUACCAGGAGAGUGCCUGGCCUCAAGGCUUUGGGCAGCUUUCUCAGGAGGGGAUGAGGCAGCACUUUGAGCUGGGUCAGUACCUGAGGUCUCGCUACAAGAACUUCCUGAAUGAAUCUUAUGUUCGGCACGAGAUCUUAGUUCGCAGCACAGACUACGACCGGACCCUGAUGAGCGCCGAAGCUAAUCUGGCAGGUCUCUACCCCCCUAAAGGAGAGCAGGUGUUCCAUCCAGAGCUGGAGUGGCAGCCCAUACCGGUCCACACGGUGCCUCAGAGCGAGGAGCGGCUCCUGUCGUUCCCUCUGGGAGACUGUCCUCGCUACAGGCAGCUGAUGGAAGAAACGGCGCACACCAAGGAGUUUCUGAACGUGACCAGCACAUACCAGGACCUCAUUGAUCUGGUGAAGAAUAAAACUGGACUGGAGCAUACUACUGUGGAAACGGUGUGGAGCGUCUACGACACACUUUUCUGUGAGGCUCGACAUAACAAAUCCGCACCAGCCUGGGUGACUCCUGAAGUCAUGGACAAACUCAGGAUCCUCAAAGACUUUGGGUUUCAGGUCUCCUUUGGCUUCUACAAGCAGCAAGAGAAGAGUCGUCUGCAAGGAGGAAUCUUGCUGGGAGAAAUAGUGAAAAAUCUUUCUAGGAUGGCCGUUCCUGACCCGACGCGGCAGUUCAAAAUGAUGAUGCUCUCAGCGCAUGACACCACCGUCACUGCUCUUCAAGCCAGUCUGAACGUGUUCAACGGGAAGCAGCCGCCAUACGCGUCCUGCCACUUUUUUGAGCUCUACAGGAACGACGACGGAUCCACAUCCGUGUCCAUGUUUUACCGCAACGACAGCAGCGUAGAACCGUACCCACUCCAGCUGUCCAACUGUUCCCUUGACUGCCCCCUAGAGGACUUUGUGAGCAUUACAAGCCAUUUUAUAUCUCCAAACAGAGAUGAGGAGUGUCAGCUGCCCUCAGCAGAGCUCGACAGAGAGGUCAUCAUCAGCCUGGCCGUGGCCAGCUGUCUGCUCUUCAUCCUCAUCGUUAUUCUCCUCACCGUCGUCUGUCGGCAGAGUGAGCCCUUCAGAAACAGGGGGUACCACCACGUGAGAAACCAAGAAGCUGGUGAGGCGUCCUGACAGAAGCUCCUCCCACUGAGAUCCGCAAGGAUCGAUUUGUACGAUGGCAGUAGCGGCGUGGACGAUGAUGAACUCUGAACUGUGCGUGUGUGACAUUUGUCCAGGACCAAAAAGCCUUAAAAUAAUGGGCGCUUAUCGGUGGUUAGUGUUGUUUUUUUUUUAUGGGUUUUCCGAUUAAAAGCUGUUUCUAGAGUGUUGGGAUCAUGCUGGGGAAAUUUAAAAUGUGGUAGAAAUGCUGGAUGAAGGGUAUUUGGAAACCAAAAGUGACACAUUUGUGGGGGUUUUCUCCAAAGUAUGGAAGGUCAGAAGUGACUAAAUGAAAUAAAGUGCAAUAAAAUAAUGAAAAAGGAAAAAGUUAUUUUUUUUAACAUUCAGAAAUGAAUCCAACAGUUAAACUAAAAACAUGUGAUACCCAAAGUCUCCUUAUAGCAUGACCAGUGAACACAUUUAGUGUGUUGAGCCAAGACUUUCACAAAAGGUUUUGCCUAAAUAAAGUCAAACUCUUUAUAUUUGAGUUUUUCCUCUUUAAUUUAUUUUAAAAAGUGUUACACCCAUAAUGCAACUGCUGUACUGACAUUAACAUAUGCAAACCAGAAACAUUUAGUUUUUGCUAACAGAUGUUAUGCUAACGUGAGUUUUUAAAACUCCCAAUUUGCAAUCCAGAUUUACUUUUUAGGGUCAAAGCAAUUAAAGCUUAGAAAUAUAAGAAUGUAGGUCCAAUUGUUGGAAAAAAAUAAUCCAAUUAGUUUAACAGUUUUUGUUCCUUUUGACUUUCCAUAUUUUUCAGUUACUGCCAUUUAAAGAAGGCAGCUGAAGUCCUUUGAAACCCUUUUAAUUAUGAAAAUGAACAGAUUAAUACAUAAAAGUAAUCAUAAUUGUUACUCUAAAUUUCUUACAGCUUAAUAAAGAAAAAUGUAUAAUUUAUUCUCAGUAUUAAUGUUUGCUAAAUUGAAUAAACAAACGAUCGUAUGCUGGAAUGAAUCAGCAGGUGGGAUCUUCUGUCGAUAUAAGAAUUUCUAAAUUACAAGCCUCCACCUUAAACACGAUUGUUGAUUUAAACGUUAGUUUUCUAGCUGAAAUCCCUCCAAAAAUUUUUAAUAAAGUAGGGCAGAUCUUGAAGAUUUUCAUGUGUUUUUGUUGGACUGCUGCAAAGAUGAGCUAAAUUCCAGCAUAACAGACAGAAAUUGUUGCAUAUGCAUUCUAAUUUCCUUUUUUCAAUGUUUUAGUACCAAAAAAACCAAAUCUUUAAAGUGUGCCGUGAUGAAAUGAGCACUUCCAACCGGUUUAUGGGAUGCAAAAUGAGAUAAAGACUUUUAAAGACCCACUCCAAUGAAAAUCAAGUUCUGGGAGUCUUUAACAUGUUCUUGUAGCAUUUUUCUAAUGAUGGAGGACAUGUAUAUAAAAAAAAUCUUGCUUAAAAUUACAUUUCUGAAAAAAAAUGUAUUCAAAUGUUUGUGAGACGAAAACAAAAGACCACAAGCUCCUUUCAGCAUCAGGGAGGGGAAGUGGGGCGGGGUUGCUUCACACCAAUGGUCCCAGUCGUGGUUUCUAAUAAAUUAUGUACAAAAAAAACAACACACAGAUUUUGGGAUUUAGGCUAAAACGGUAUAAUCAUAAUAGGACAAAUGGGAAAGAUGAUCAGAUUGGGUCUUUAAUAAAAUAUAACGCGUCACAAAUAAUUAAAUUAAAGUCACUGAUCAAAGUUUUCACCAGGGAUAAGGAGCAUAAAAUGAUCUGUAGAGCUGCUGUCCUCAGCAGGGGUGACCCUCAUCACCCUGUUAUCUGGCAAAUUCAACCACCUGACCGUGGAAGUGACCUGGUGGGAACGGUCAACUAACAGGGAGACACGAGGACGGUUAAAAACCCUUGCUUUCAUAACAAGUUCUGCAACAAAUAAAUACGAUUCCUGUU